AUGGACAGAGAGCAGAAGGAUAUGCGGUCUUUUGGCCUCAUCGGCAUCUACAAGGAGACCUUCAAGCUCAUCUUCAACCUCCGCAAAAUCUUCACCCAGAUAACCCUAACCCUCAUCCUCCCCCUCUCCAUCAUCUUCCUCGCCCACAAGCAAGUCUCCGACAAAAUCCUUUCCGGCCACCACCGCUUCGAGUGGGCCGCCUACAUCACCCUCAACCUCCUCUACUUCAUCUUGGCCCUCUUCUUCUCCCUCCUCUCCACCUCCGCCGUCGUCUAUGCCGUCGCCUGCAGCUACGCCUCCCGAGAGGUCACCUUCCCCAAAAUCAUGCGCGCCGCCGUCCCCCGAUUCUGGAAGCGUCUGGCCGUCACGUUCGUCUGCGCCGUCCUCACCUUCGCGGCCUACAACGCCGUCUUGGGAGCCACUUUCUAUUUGUGGCGGGCCCCCAUCGCGGCUCUGGUGGGGCUGCUCGUGCUUUACAUCGUAGGGUUUGUUUGCCUGUCGGCGGUGUGGCAGCUGGCGGGUGUGGUGUCGGUCCUGGAGGAGCGGAGGGGGUUCGGGGCGGCGGCCAAGGGGAUGCGGCUGGCGAAGGGGAGGGUGUUUGCGGUGGGGUUCGUGUUCGUGGUGCUGGACGCGGUGCUCGUCGGGGUGAAUGUUGCCGGGUUCUUGGUUUUCGUGACGUCCCGUGGCGGAGGGCACGUGGUGAUCAGGGAGGUGGGGUUAGGGGCGGUGUGCGUGGUGGUGCUGACGCUGGGGAUUUUGUUCGGGCUGGUGGUGCAGACGGUGGUUUAUUUCGUGUGCAAGGCGGAGCACGGGGAGACGAUCGACAGGGCGGUGCUGGCAGACCAGGUGGAGGUGGUUUACUUGGGGGCGGCUCCAAAGGAUGUCCAGAUUAUGGAGGGACCUGGCCAAAACAUUAGAGUGGUUGUUUAA